UCGAUAACAAUUGCUGUCCUAUCGCUUGUUGAUGCAAUCAGGAAUGCACACACACGUACAUACACACACACCCUUUAGAAUGCUGCAGUUGCAUCGAUUGACUUUUCUGACGUCUCACAUAAUGGUUGAAGCUUAUAAACAAAAGUGUGGUAGAAGAUUUGCAUCUCGUAUCGCUACAAAAAUGGUCAGUAUUCCAUAAAAAAAAAGUUAUUUUCAGUCCUCACGCUGUGUGGCAAUCGUCUAGUUUAAGCUCCAAAGUGUAAACAAACCACAGUGUAGAUAAAGUUAGCGCGAGAUGGCAGCGGAAGACAAGCCAUACAUGCAUAGCGAGGUUCAACGUCACUGGGAAAUGUAUCCAAACCGAUUAUCUUCCGGAGUCGAUGGCCCAUUACCCGCCGCCAGUGUACCGUCCGAUUCGCGCUCAGCAGCAACGACUCCAAACGGUUCCGGCAUGGCAUCAGCAUCCGCUUCCCAAACGACCGGACCGAACCCAGCCGCAACAGCAAGAACCUAUGAGCAGGUGUACCAAGAUAUGCUGGAACAGAAUUUCCGCAAUCGGAUUGUGCAGAUGGAUCCAUCACGUUCCGUAUCGCCAAAGACCGUACCAUCUACAACCGCCUCAGAACCGACUCCAUCAUCGUCCUCCAGCAAAAAGGACGAAUACAUAACGACGGUUUACAAUAUAACGCCACGCGAGCUGCCGGCCACGCCAAUGCCUCAUAUGACACCGUGCGGAGCAAUACUUCUCAACGGCAUAGGGCUCUCGGAUGGAACGAAACGCUCGAAUGUGGUACCUGUCAUAAUACCAGCUAGCAAACCGGCCCUGGAAACCGCAACGCAGCAGCAAACUCAGCAAUCGAGCGCUUACCCGAAACAGUUGCACACGUUAGCGAUUCUGUCGCCUGAGGCAAACAGUGGCAACACGCCCAUCGGGUCGACCAAUCCAGCAGCGAUUUUGCUACAACAACAGACAACUGACCAUGCAAAAACGCAGCAAGAAAUCUACAAACGCAUACAGCUGCAGCAGAAGCCGCGAUAUGAUCCCAAUAUGAUGCUUGCCAUAAUUAAGCCGAAGGUAAAGCCACCUGCCCCGCCGCACGUGUACGGUGCGCCCGAUGUCGGCCCUACGACGCUACAGCAACAGCACCCACCACCGAAACAGUACAGCCCCAGGCUGGGACGCACCGGCCAUCGGAUUCUGUCCGCCAGUGAGAAGGUUACUGUAGAGUACAUUAACGAACCGCCGCCCGCUCACAGCUUUCCUAUGGAGGCACCGAGCGCAACGUUUACGCAAACGACAAGCACCGCCCCAAGCGUUACCUCCAAUCUGGUACCCAAAGGACAGAGCCAGAUUGAGGCGCUCAACUUGGACACGAAGCAUGACAGCGGUAGCGGUGGCAAUUUGGUUAAGGUGGUUCCUGUUCCCGCUUUUCCCGCCAACACAUCCAUCAGCAGUCCGGAGUUAAAUCGGACAAUUGCCCACGAUAGUCCGAGCACCGAGGAAAGCCUUCGAGCAGCUACGUCCAGCAUCACGUCAGCUGCGUCCAGUAUGAAGCAAAGCUUAAAGGAAAGUCCUGUUGCAGCUGCAACCAUCAGCAGCACGCGGGCACCGCUAAAGCAGUCAGCAACGAAGGAACGUUCACUGGCAACCACGAAUCAAAGCUUAAAAGAAUGUCUUGCUGGGACUGCAUACCCGGGCUCGCGGAAUCUGCUCAAACAGCCUACUUCCUCUAUAAAUCCGGCCACUAAGGAAAAACUUCUUGCCAGCCUUAGUGGCAUUAAAAAAGAACCACAAAAACAAUCACCUGGCCUUACGAAAGCGAACGCGAAGGAAAGUGGUCUUGCUACGGCAUCUACCAGCAGCACACUGGAUUCGCCCACACAAGCAGGCAGCAUUGCGAAGCCAGCCUUAAAAGAAUGUCUUUUUGGAGCAUCAUUAUCCAGCGCACAGGAAUCGAUUAAUCAACCCGCAGUCGUAACGCAUCCGAAGACGAAGGCGAGUCCUCUUGAAGCAUCAACCAGCACGCAGGGAUCGAUUAAUCAGCCCGCAGUCGUUAUGCAUCCGAAGAUGAAGGAAAGUCUUCGUAGAGCAUCAUUAUCCUGCGCACCGGAGCCGCUUAAACAAUCCGCUGUCGGUAUGAAUCUGAAGACGAAAGAAAUUCUUCCUGGAGGAGCUACAUCAACCAGCGCAUUGGAACUGCUUCAACAACCCGCUGUGGCUAUGGAUACGAAGACAAAAGAAAGUCCUCUUGAAGCAUCAUUAUCCAGCGCACCGGAACCGCCUAAACUAUCCACUGUCGAUAUGAAUCCGAAGUCGAAGGCGAGUCCUCUUGAAGCAUCAACAAGCACGCAGGCAUCGAUUAUUCAGCUCGCAGUCGUAAUGCAUCCGAAGAUGAAGGAAAGUCUUCUUGGAGCAUCACUACCCAGCGCACAGGAAUCGAUUAAUCAGCCCGCAGUCGUAAUGCUUCCGAAGACAAAGGAAAGUCCUCUAGGAGCUACAUCAACCAGCGCAUUGGAACUGCUAAAACAACCUGCUGUCGGUAUGGAUCGAAAGACUAAAGAAAGCCCUCUUGGAGCAUCAUUAUCCAGCGCGCAGGAAUCGAUUAUUAAGCCCGCAGUCGUAAUGCAUCCGAAGAUGAAGGAAAGUCUUCUUGGAGCAUCACUACCCAGCACACAGGAAUCGAUUAAUCAGCCCGCAGUCGUAAUGCUUCCGAAGACAAAGGAAAGUCCUCUAGGAGCUACAUCAACCAGCGCAUUGGAACUGCUAAAACAACCUGCAGUCGGUAUGGAUCGGAAGACAAAAGAAAGUCCUCUUGGAGCAUCAUUAUCCAGCGCACAGGAAUCGAUUGCUCAGCCCGCAGUCGUAAUGCAUCCGAAGAUGAAGGAAAGUCUUCUUGGAGCAUCACUACCCAGCACACAGGAAUCGAUUAAUCAGCCCGCAGUCGUAAUGCUUCCGAAGACAAAGGAAAGUCCUCUAGGAGCUACAUCAACCAGCGCAUUGGAACUGCUAAAACAACCUGCAGUCGGUAUGGAUCGGAAGACAAAAGAAAGUCCUCUUGGAGCAUCAUUAUCCAGCGCACAGGAAUCGAUUGCUCAGCCCGCAGUCGUAAUGCAUCCGAAGACGAAGGCGAGUCCUCUUGAAGCAUCAACCAGCACGCAGGAAUCGAUUACUCAGUCCGCAGUCGAAAUGCAUCCGAAGAUGAAGGAAUGUCUUCUUGGAGCAUCACUACCCAGCGCACAGGAAUCGAUUAAUCAGCCCGCAGUCGUAAUGCUUCCGAAGAAGAAGGCAAGUCCUCUGGGAGCUACAUCGUCCAGUGCCCCGGAACCGCUUAAACAAUCUGCCGUCGGUAUGAAUCCCAAGACGAAGGAAAUUCUUCCAGGAGGAGCUGCUUUAACCAGCGCACCGAAACACCUUAAACCAUUCGCUGUCGGUAUGAAUCCCAAGACGAAAGAAAUUCUUUCUGGAGGUGCUACAUUAACCAGCGCAACGGGACUGCUUAUGCAAUCCGCUGUCUAUAUGAAUCGCAAGACAAAGGAAAUUCUCCCUGGAGGUGCUACAUUAACCAGCGCAACGGGACCGCUUAUACAGCCCACUAUCGCUAUGAAUCCGAAAACGAAGGAAAGUCUUCUUGCAACGACAUCCACCACCAGUAGCCCGCGUGAAUCGUUAAACCAACCCAACGCCAUUGUUAUAAAACCGAAAAAAAAGGAAUGUCUUCCUGCCAGCGUAGCUACCACUACAAAGGAACAGUUAAAACCGGCAGGCUUUUUAAAUCCAACCACCAAGGAAAGACUUCAGGCGACCCUUACCACCACCGCGCAGGAAUCGCUAAACCAGCUAGCGACCGUUACGCGUCCGGGCACGGCAGCAAACGACACCAAGAAGAGAGUACAAAAAGUAUCGGCAGUGCCAUCGGCUUUCAAUGCCAAUCCAGCGUUAUGGGAGCAACUGCAAAAGUACAAUUUGCAGCAUCUGCUAGCGCAAGUAAUGCUGCAAACAAACAAGGCCGCGGCGAGCGUUCAAACGCAAACGAAUCAACCGCCGGAACGCAUUCAGCCGAGCUCAGCGCAUACGGUAGUACCUUCGGCAGCCAACAGCACACCGUUAGCAAUGGCCACCCAAAGCUAUCACCCGGCAAAGACAAUCACCCCAGCACAAUCGCCGGCAACGUAUGACCAUCUGCAGCGGCCCUUCAUUGCUUCGUCGCCCUCCACCAUGACGAAGCUGGAGUACGAGCAGCUGCUGUACCAAAAAAUCCAAGCCAUGAAGCGGAAAAACCCACCGAAGGAUACCGAUCCGAACAAGCGGCGCCGAUCGAACCCGCGACCGAAGCGCCCGACGGAAGCGUUCCUGCAGAACGGGCCCUGCUACAAGGUGGCCUCCCGGUUGCCCCGCUGCCGGGAGUGUGGCCGCUCUGCUGCGGUACGGUCGCGGAAUGCAUCCAUCAUCUUUUGUCGGUUUAUUGCGUUCCGCAAGCUCAGGUACAAUGAUUCGGGACAGCUGGAGGUGUACGGGUUUGCCGACCCGAUUUGGGACGCGAAGGAGGCGGAUACCAGCCUGUGGAGCUCCAAUUUGCAGAAAGUGCCAGCCGAUCUGUCGGUGGAGAAGUCCAAAUUUCUGCUCGGCCAGGUGGGCUACAAGUUUUGCGAACUGUUCCACCAGGAGAAGGAAGCGUACUAUGAGCACAUGGCCGAAGAUAAAACCAUAGCCUGGAAGCAGGCGGUGCAGGGUGUGCGGGAGAUGUGUGACGUUUGCCAGACGACGCUGUUCAAUCACCAUUGGGUCUGUUCAACGUGCGGGUUUGUCGUGUGCAUCGACUGCUACAAGUGUCGCAAAAAUGGUAUUAUAACGGCGGACUCGUCAGCCAAGGACAAGGACGCGAACGGCUGGUUGCUGUGCAGUGCCACCAAGGAACCGCACGACCAGACCCGACUGAUGCUGACGCAAAUCAUCCCGAGCAAAUGUCUGUACACGCUGGUCCGCCAGAUGCACGGUAUCUGUGCGCUGCUGGAAAUCCCGCUCAACUGUGACUGUCCGCUAACGAGGGAACCGCCGCUGAGAAAGAUAAUGGAUCAGCUGAAAUUCAUUUACCCGCUCAUGCCGGAUGAAGCUGGCGGGGCGCUUGAAUUUACCGGUGGAGAGGUGUCCGUUACGAUAAAGCAAAUCGAGCAGAUGACGAUGGGUGGUAGCAAUGGGAAAGUGGUGGACGGUUUGAAAAACGAAGAAAGCGAUCCGUACGAAUGUCGGAUCGUGUUUAUGCAGCAAUAUCGGGAGUGUCGGGAGCAGCAAAACGCGUGGCCAUCAUCGUGCAGCGGGCAGGAAGAGGCCAAUGAGGCUGCCAAGGAAAAGCAAAGCUACAGCUUUGAUGGUUUCGAGCGGGAGAUUCAUGCCGCCGGUGACCAUUUCGAUGAGCGGCUGUACAAGGCUACGGCCGUUUCGAAGGCACCGGUUAAGGCGGAACACGAACAGGAUGGUGACAAAAUGUUGACGGACAGCCCGGACGAUGAGGGCGUUGUUCUGGGCACUAACAGCAAUGAAAGUUUCGUUACGGAAAGUGAGACCGAACAUCAGGGUGGUGGUGGUGGUGUGCCCAAUGUGAAGCAAGAGCCAAACAGAUUGGUAAACAAUCGGACGUCCAACGGGAGUCAGGAGGGCUCAGGCAAUGUGCCACUGAAGACGGAAUGUGCUGUGCCCGCAGCUAAUGGGAACGGGACGGCGAAUGACAAUGGCACCAAGGAGGUGCCCCAAACGCUUCCGGUACCUUACAGCGAGGAGGAUCGGUUUAAACCGUCCCCUACGGUGGACGAAAAAACGGUCACCAUGAUCAUCAAGCAGGUGGUGAAAACGGACAAGAGCAUUUUCCCGCUCCUGCAGCCGCACAUGGUGAGCACGCGGCACCAGCUGAACGAUUUCGUCGAGUGUGUCAGCAUACAGCGCGAGCGGGCGAAGCAGUUUGUGGCCGAGUUUCUCGACGAGUUUAUCUUCCUGAAAGGACAAAACGGUAGCGACGAUCUGGUGAACGACCGCGCGACCGUGGACUACAAUCGCAGCAUGAAGGAGGGAGCUGCCCGGUACCGCAACAAGAGCGAGCGUAGGAUGAACCUCGUGCAGUCGAAAACGCUCUACCCGGACGUGGCCCACGAUUGGCUCUGCAAUGGGCGGCUGCUGCGGUUGCUCGACCCGCUCGACGUGCACAACUAUCGCGUGUUCCACGAGCAGUGGGAACGGGGCCAGCCCGUGAUGGUGUCGGCCGUCUCGAGCAAGAUGAACAUGGACCUGUGGCUGCCGGGCUCGUUCGGGCGCGACUUUGGCGACCAGGUGAACGAUCUGAUCAACUGCCUCAACGGCAAGAUAGUGCGCGGCCAUCCGAUGCGCGUGUUUUGGGAGGGCUUCGAGGAGCUGAGCGAGCGGCUGCUGGACGAGCGCGAGCGGCCGAUGAUGCUGAAGCUGAAGGAUUGGCCGCCCGGGGACGAUUUUGCCGAAAUGAUGCCGACCCGGUUCUACGAUCUCAUGAAGUCGCUCCCGCUGGCCGAGUACACGCGGCGCGAGGGUCGCCUGAAUUUGGCCAGCCGGCUGAGCAGCUUCUUCGUGCGGCCCGAUCUCGGACCGAAGAUGUACAGUGCGUACGGGUCGGCGCUGCAUCCGACCAAGGGCACCACCAACCUGCACCUGGACAUUUCCGACGCGGUCAACGUGAUGGUGUACGUGGGCGUACCGCGGGACGUACCGAGCGCCCGGUACAACGAGAAGAUCGUCGAGCUGAUCGACUCGGAGGAUUGCGACUAUCUGACGCGCCAGCGGGUACGGGAGCGGAAGGAGCUGCCCGGGGCACUGUGGCACAUCUAUCACGCGCAGGACGCGGACAAGAUACGCGCCCUGCUCAACCGGAUCGAGCUGGAGCGGGGCGGCACGAUCAAGCCGAACCACGACCCGAUCCACGACCAGAAGUGGUACCUCGAUCGCAACCUGCGCAAGCGGCUGCAGCAGGAGUACCACGUGGAGGGGUACGCGAUCGUGCAGUGCGCCGGCGAUGCCAUAUUCAUACCGGCCGGUGCGCCCCACCAGGUGCGCAACCUGCACAACUGCAUCAAGGUGGCGGAGGAUUUCGUGUCGCCGGAGAACGUCUCCCACUGUCUGAAGCUGACGAACGAGUUCCGGCACCUGAGCGGGACGCACUCGAACCACGAGGACAAGCUGCAGAUCAAGAACAUCAUCUACCACACGGUGAAGGAUGCGGUCUCGUGCAUAACGAACCCGCUGAUCCGGAUGGCUCGCGGGGAGGACGAACGAUGGGCGAAAUGAGUGGCGUAAAGUUCGGCGGAUGUACACAAACGACUAAUCACGAACGUUCCAGGGCCUAGGCAUUGUGCGAUACUACACUACACACUCAGCAAUUACACGGAGCUAGCGGUAGAGUAGAGGUUUAGAGUAUAUCAAUUUGGAAGAGAUUAAAACUUUUAGACGAUCAUGCAAUCCAUGAA